AGAAGUAAAGGAGAGUAAUAGCUGGUUACUCUUGCACUUUGGAAACCAUUUUGAUACCCUAUGACGGUGCGGAGAGGAAAGAAGCUCAGCAUCUCCAUCCAGGAACACAUGGCCAUCGACGUUUGCCCUGGCCCCAUCAGACCCAUCCGACAGAUCUCCGCCUACUUUCCCCGCCUGUCCCCCACCUCCCCUGGCCCCUUGUCCCCGAACCCCGCCACCUCCCCCCUGACCCUCAGCCCUGGCUCUGUGGCCUCAGGGAUGGGUGGGACUCACCUGCUGUCCCCUCUGCUAGCCCAUGGCCGGACUGGGGGGGGCUGCUCUCUGUCGCUGACCAGCAGUGUGGACACGUCGGUGGAGAUCAACAGCGAUGACAGCGACGACUGCACCGCACUGGGAACUCUUGAGUUUCAGCUGAGAUACGAGCAGUUGUCCAGUGAGCUGCACUGCACGCUGCUGCGCGCCAAGGGUCUGAAACCGAUGGAUUUCAACGGUUUGGCCGACCCGUACGUCAAACUGCACCUGCUGCCCGGAGCCUGCAAGGCCAAUAAGCUGAAGACGAGGACGAUCCGUAACUCUCUGAAUCCGGUGUGGAAUGAAACGCUCACUUACUUUGGGAUCACAGAAGAAGACAUGCACAGGAAGACGCUCAGGUUGACAGUGUGUGACGAGGAUAAGUUGACUCAUAAUGAGUUGAUCGGAGAGUCCCGGGUGCCUCUGAAACGUGUGAAACCCGACCAGACGAAACAUUUCCACACCUGUCUGGAGCACCCGCCUCCGCUCCCUUCUCCAACCGCCAUGGGUGAAGCCCUUCGAGGAAUAUCCUGCUACUUAAGAGAGUGGGAGAACGAGCAGCUACACAGCCUGGAGGAGCGAGGCCGUCUUCUUCUCUCCCUGCAGUUCGUGCCUCCGCUCAGUUCAGACGAGCAAGAUGUGGAUCGAGGGGAAGGGGAAGGAGGUGAAGGGCGUCGCAGCGGGGGUCUCUGUGUGGGCGUGAAGCGCUGCGCCCACCUGGCAGCCAUGGAUGUGAAUGGGUUCUCCGACCCCUACGUCAAAACAUACCUGAAGCCUGACAUACAGAAGAAAUCCAAGCACAAAACGGCUGUGAUUAAAAAAACUCUCAACCCUGAAUUCAACGAGGAGUUUUUCUACGAGAUCUCGCUGUCGGAGCUCGCCAACAAGACGCUGGAGGUGACGGUGUGGGACUACGACCUGGGACGCUCCAAUGACUUCAUAGGAGGUGUGUGUCUGAGCGGACACUCACAGGGCGACGGCCUCCGUCACUGGACCGACUGCCUGAAGAACCCGGGCCGGAGGGUGGAGCGCUGGCACAUCCUGAGCAAUGAGCUGCCCCGCACCCUCAGCCACGACUAACAUGGGGGGGUGGGAACCAGGGAUCCUCUUUAGGGACGCACUUCAGCAGCUUCACCACGAAAGCCGCAGGAAAUGAAAGGAAAAAGCGUGAUGGUGUGCCUUCAUUAGUGAGAAGAAGCUCCAUGAGCAUCAGCAGCAGAUAUCACAGGGUCAGACACUCUGCACUGACACACACAUUUCAGAGAACCCAUAGCUGCAGAAAUUCAAAUGCAUGUUUUGUUUAAGAGAACGCUUUGAUGGAACUUUACAUUACAUUUCAUUGUGCUAACACUUUUUAUCCAAAUUGACUUUAUUAUUUUAUCCAAAAAGAUACAAACCCAGAACAGCAACAAUCCUGCAAGUGUAUUAGCUUCAAAUUAGAAGUACCUUUUAAGAAGUGCAAUUUUUUUUAUAAUAGUCCUUAUGUUCAUGGUGCAUUCAGGCUCCAGAGUAAUGCAGUGAUGAGGUAGGAAGACCCGGAUUUAGCAUCACAAAUGCUUCCCUUGACAGCAGAAAAAUAAGUUCUGGGGCAAACGCAUAUUUAUGAUACUUAACAUGUUUUGUUUAGCAUGGAAAUCUCCACAUUAACACCACUUUCGAUCUCUAAAGCAUAAAUGCAAUCGGCAGAAGUACAAAACGUACACUAGGCUGUUAAAGAACGACAUCACGGUCGCAAGGCUGCGUUUCACCACAGCUUGAUUACGUUUUAGUCCCUUAUUAUCACUUGUAAGCAACUGUCAUUUUGGACAUUCACGAGCGGGGUGAUUACUGAUGUAUUUCAUGUCAUAGAAAUAAUCAUGAGAAUCCCUUCAGCCUGUUAUAACCACUGACCAUAUUUCAGGCAAAUUUAAGACAAACACGUUCAAAUAAUCGUUGAAUCCAAGACAAAUGCUGUGUGUUUUCUGGGUCAAUCUAUAGCAUCCAGAGCUUAUCAAAUCUGGUCAUCAAUUCUGCAAGCUUGUUUAUCUGCAAUCUGCAAAGUACCUAGUAAAAACAAUUAUUAAAUACAAGUGGUAGACUAUAAAGUAUAAAGUGGCAGAACAUUGAGAAUGUGUACUUAAGUACAGCACUUCCGUAAAUGUACUUAUUUACUUUCCACCACAUAAAACAGAGCAAUACUAUAUUGUAAAGAUACUCUGUUACAAUUCAACAUCCUACAUUCAAAAUCUUACUUA